AUGAAAUUCUUUAGUCACAUGAUGCUAUGCCUUUUCUUUAUAGGAGGAGCUUUGGCAAUUAACAAUAUUUCUGUGAACUUAGAGACAUUAAACUUUAAGGAUUAAUACAAUAGAACGAGAAUAUUCCAUGGGUAGAAUGUAGUUGUUAAAGAGUAUCCUUACUAUCCUAUGCUAGAUGUGUAUAAUACUUCAAUGUCUUUUGUUGAAAAAGAUGCUUAAGAUUUAAAAAAGUGGGGGUAAAACGUUAUCAGGCUUUACAUGUCUUGGGAAGGAUUUGAACCUGAAAGAUAAAAUUACAAUUACGAAUAUCUCGCUAAAUUAAAGGAAAUCAUUCUCCUCUGCUAAAAAUACGAUAUUUAUGUCUUUUUAGACGCUCAUUAGGAUUUGUAUAGUCGUUUCUUUUGCGGAGAAGGAAUGCCUGACUGGACCAUCAUGAACAACACCAACCACACUUUCCCUGCUCCUUUCAAAAAUGUUCAAUUAAGAAGAGACGACGAAGGUGCUCCACUUAUUGAAGAUUGCCUAAAGGUUGGAUUCUUCGAAUACUAUUUUACUAAGGAUGCUUCUUAAUAGGGUGAAAACUUAUUCUUAAACUAUAAUGGCUUAGCAGAUGAUUUUGCAGCCAUGUGGGGAAAAGUUGCUUCAUAUUUUGCAUCUCAAGGAGAUGAAAUAACUCAUCUUUUAGGAUAUGAAAUUAUUAAUGAGCCUUUUGGAGUUUCUCCCUAUAACCACUUUGUUGAUUGGCUUUUUGGAGGCAGAUAAAACAAUAAAUAUUUGCUUCCUUUUUACAAAAAAGUAAGCCAAAAGAUGAGAGAAAGUGAUCCAAAGCGCUUGGUUUUCUAUGAAACUGCACUUUUUGAUUUCUUGGGUGGAGGUUUUGAAUCAAAUUUAGGAACCCCUGAAUAUGAAGUUCUUUCUUAUCAUAUUUACUGUGGAGUAAAUAAUAGCUAAGGAGAUCCAAGUUCAAGUAUACUUUGCCACAUAUUGGAUACAACUUUCAUAAAUGCUAAAGAGAAGAAUAUAAAAUCAAUGAAAGUAGGAGGUUUCUUAACUGAAUUUGGUGCUUUAACUAAUUCUACAAAAAGUAGUGAUGAAUUAGACUUUGUCCUAAAUAAAGCUGACAAGCAUUUAAGAAGUUGGGCACAUUGGUAAUACAAAGGAUACGGUGAUAUCACCACCUAGUCAGAUAGCGAUUCAGAAGGUUUCUUUGACAGUAAUGGAAAUCUCUAAUCAAACAAAGUCAAACAUUUAAGUAGACCUUUUGCAUAUGCCAUAUGUUCUUAGGGAGGAGAAAUCAUUAGCGAGUUUAAUCCUUCAAAAGUUACUUACGAACUUUCAUAUCUUAGUGGAAAUUGUGCCGAAUAGUAGACUGAAAUUUAUUUGAGCGAAGAAUUUUGGUUCACUAAUAAAAAAAUAGUAAAGGCAGAAAAUGUUUAAGAUUUAGUUGCUAUUGACGGCUAACCAAAAGGUUACUAUAAAGUUGUUCCUCUCAAUUAAAACAAAUAAGUUCAUUUAGUUAUUAAAAAUAAAUGA